UUUUGUGUAAUGUCAAUUUCCGUGGCCGUACUUUUAUUUAUCGGAGCCCAGUUUACAAUCGGAGAACGGUAGUCUCUGAUGUCCGGCAUAUGAUUACGCGGUGGUAAUAAUUAGCUUAAAGCCGUUUUUCUUCUUAAUUUCCUUCUUUAUUUUCUAUUUAUUCAACAAACAAUAUAAUUGGUUAACUCAGGAAUGUUUUCAAAUGGCCUAAACUGUAGUCUCCCCUUCAAUUGCAUGAGUGUUACAAGAGAUUCUGGAUCUGAUGAACUUUUACCAAGUAAAAUGGCCAGAGAACCGGUCCUACUAAAUGUUUAUGAUAUGUACAAAAUUAAUGAUAUAACAUCUAAUAUAGGUUUAGGGGUUUUUCACUCAGGUGUAGAAAUAUAUGGUACCGAGUUCGCUUACGGUGGUCAUCAAUUUCCUUUUACUGGAAUAUUUGAAAUUAUGCCACGUGACGAACAUGAAUUAGGUGAACAAUUUAGAUUUAGACAAAGCAUUCAUAUUGGGUAUACAGAUUUUACGGAAGAUGAAAUAAAAAGAAUAGUUACCGAAUUGGGAAAGGAAUUUCGUGGGGAUCGUUAUCACCUGAUGAACAACAAUUGCAAUCAUUUCUCUGGUGCAUUUACAAAGAUCUUGUGUGGUCAAGAUAUCCCAUCAUGGGUAAACCGUUUGGCGUAUUUUAGCAGUUGGGUUCCAUUUCUUGAACGGUGUUUACCAAAAGAAUGGUUAAUGCCCAUGGCGUUACAACACUCACUGUCACAUAAACAGGAUUCGACGUGUUCGGAUGCGUCGACGCCACCGUACUGAAUGCCAACAAGUUUUUCUAACAAACAAAUCAAUAACAAAUAAAACAAAAAUGAGAUUGUAAAAAUAAUUUAUUUUUUAUAUUUAAUAAACGCACAUUU